UCUCCGGACCCACUUGGUGAAAUUAUCCGAGACUUUGAGGUCAAUUGUACAAACAUUGCCUCUUUCUACGCUGAAGUUCAAAAAGAUGCCAAAGACUCCAAACUUUUGAAGAUCAGCAAUUACUUUGUCGAUGCGCCCUUGCGCAAGCUUCGCGCAUGGGCGAGUGACGUAAUGAGACGAACGGGGGGAGAAAAUGCACCCACCUUCGAAACUACCUCAAAAUGUGCGCGCCUUCGUCGAAGAUUGACCCGGCUUUUCCAUCUCGCACAAACUUGUCAUGCAUUUAAGCAGCAGUUGGUGUCUGAAGAGAAUCCACUUGUUGCACGCCUGAACCAAGACCUAAUGCGUAUCCGCCUUCAGCUUGCUCUACGUAUGCGACAGCCACAACGCGAGGAACAGGAUUCUAUACGCUUUUCUGAAGAUCCUACCAGUUUGUCCCGACGGUUUGAAUGCAUUACUCUCCCGCCUCCAAUUGUCACUUCAUCAAGACUUGAGAAUGAUCUUGAAAAGUUGACAGAUAACCUCACAGAUCUCCUCAUUUGUUUGGCAGGCAGCAAAUCAGACGUGCAAAAGGCAUUCAGUUUCACUAUUCCACUGGUUGCUGAAAAAAGAAAGUGGUUGCGGAGUCUUGUACGGCGAUCUAUCUCUUCCUUCUGCACUUUCUACUCAAAAUCCGUUGCUGCAGAUUUUGGCUCACCAAAGGGGUUAAGUCUAGCAACUCUGCUUUCUCAGUCUGACUACGAACUCGAGGAAAUCUCAGCGUCGGACACUGAGUGCAUGAUGGAUGCUUUCGAUGUCUUUGAUUCCUUCGUGACUAACGCAAAUGCGGAAGCCGCCUCCAGUGACGGAUCCGCGGACAGCGAUAGCAGUACUUCUAGUGAGGUCGACACAAACAAACACCCGGAAGCGGAUGCAUCCGUUGUUAGUGCUGCCGAAUGUCCUGACACGGGAGUUCAGCAAGCAGGGGAUGUCCCGUAA